GCAUCUACAAGUUGAAUAUUCACUGUCCCUUUAUGUUCCCGUGUAUGUUGAGGAAAACCCCCGAGACCACAUAGACGUGAAACGCGAUGACGGGCUGGCGCACGGGAACACAUGCGGGACUCAGUGUUUUGGGAACUGUCCUCUGACACUCGACUGUGGAGCCAAGCAGCGGCGCGUGUGCCCACAGUGUGGAGGUGAAGGCGGAAGUGACAAGAAGUCUUCCCUCUGGACACCAAUUCUUUCGGGGUUUUUUGCAAACAGUUAGAGGAAUACACCGCCGCCUGCCCAGACAUGUCUACUGCGUACAGAAACAGGAUACAGGAAUUCAAAGUAUCCUUAAGUGAGGAAAACAUCAACUUGAAGACACUGAGGGAGCUGUGCUUCAAUGGAAUCCCCUUUGAAGGAGGCAUACGAGCACUCUGCUGGAAAAUCCUUCUCAAUUACCUACCUCUUGAUCAGACAUUAUGGGAGUCUUUCCUCAAAAAGCAGAGGGAGGUAUACUCGCAGUUCUUAAAAGAAAUGAUCAUCCAGCCUGGUAUUGCUAAAGCCAACUUGGGCCUUUCCAGAGAAGAUGUGACGAUGGAGGACCACCCUCUAAAUCCAAACCCAGACAGCAGGUGGAAUACCUACUUCAAAGAUAAUGAAAUUCUACUACAAAUUGACAAGGAUGUAAGGCGGCUUUACCCAGACAUGGCGUUCUUCCAGCGACCCACAGAAUAUCCAUGCCAACUUAUCUUGGACCCUCAAAAUGAUUAUGAGACGCUGCGUCGACGCGUUGAACAAACUACCCUGAAAGCACAAACUGUAAACCGCAACCGCAGUGGAGUCACCAAUGUCAGCUCACCUGGAAAGGCAUUGAACCUGUAUCCAUCUAACGAAUAUGAGGUGCUGCCCAGUGGGAGUGAAGCACACUGGGAGGUUGUGGAGCGGAUCCUCUUCAUCUAUGCCAAACUCAACCCCGGGAUUGCCUAUGUACAGGGCAUGAAUGAGAUUGUUGGACCAAUAUAUUACACCUUUGCCACAGAUCCCAACAGCCAGUGGAAAGAGCAUGCUGAAGCAGAUACAUUCUUCUGCUUCACCAACCUGAUGUCAGAGAACAGAGACAACUUCAUCAAGAGCCUAGAUGACUCUCAGUGCGGCAUCACCUACAAGAUGGAGAGCGUGUACUCCAUGCUCAAAGACAAAGACCUGGAGCUCUAUCUCAAGCUGGAAGAGCAGAACAUCAAACCACAGUAUUUUACAUUCCGCUGGCUCACCUUGUUGUUAUCUCAGGAGUUCCUCCUGCCAGACGUCAUCCGGAUCUGGGACACCCUGUUUUCUGACCAGGACAGAUUCCACUUCCUCAUCCUGGUCUGCUGCGCCAUGCUAAUACUCAUCCGAGAUAACUUACUGGCAGGAGACUUCACAGUGAAUAUGAGAUUAUUGCAGGAUUACCCCAUCUCAGAUGUCCACACCAUCCUGACCAGGGCCAAAGAGCUGCAGGAUAACUCCUAACAUGUUCCCUCUUGUCCCCCUGCCCUCUCUGCACGGAUGUGGUAGGUGGGAGUUUAAACAUAAAAAACAUUGUCAUGUUAAACAUGUAUCAUGGAAGGACUUCGUCGAUGAAGAGCCUGGACGGAUGUGUUGGGAAAGGCCUGCACUCUGCUUUUUAACUUUAUGUCUGAUAUUUGGUCAGUGAGGACUGCCGUGGUGAAACCUUUGAGGACAAGCUGAAAUGUUUUCUUCUUCCUGGACGUGAGGAGGAGAUGUCAUCUGUUUCUUGAUGCAUUGUGGGAAAAGGCUCCUCUCACAGCCAUCUCUCCCAUGGAGACUCAGAUAAUGUUUGCACUGAACAUCUGAGGGAGCGGAGCCACCUUAGUCUGACACUACGUAUUCAAAAUGUUUUACAAUAGAGCCAAAAAUUUAACAGAAAUCCCACUGCGACCACGUGUGUAGUCAGACUGAGCAAAUGUUUAACUGGGUUGAGCAAUAGUGCAUGUUUAUUCUUUGGGCUUUUUUAUUUAACUUUUAGAAGUUGAACAUUUUAAUGUAAGAAACAUGUAUGCCUUACCGGUUUAAUGAUGUGAAACAGGAGACAGUAUUCCUGGUGAUAUUUUCUGCCUGGGUAAAAUCAAUAUGAAGUGAUGGGCCAUGCCUAAUGAAUAUUGUAUCAAUGGUCCCAGUCAAAAUGUAGAUGAAAAUCUUUGAGACAACAAAAUACUGAAAGAAGAGCAAGAACCAUCAGAGUGAGUUGUGUUGCUUUUCACACUGAACAGACACACUGAACAAGUUUUUUUUUCUCUUCUUUUUUUUCAUCCUGUGUUUACACGUGUCUCUUUAGUAGUUUCCAGGGCUGCAGCAAAUGAUCAUUUACAUUAUCAAGUUAUCUCUAUAAAACAUCUGAAAACAGUGACAUUUGUCAGUGCAAGUUUCUCAAAGUCUAAGGUAAUGUCUUUUAAUGUCUUCUUUUGUAAGUCCAAAACCCAAAAAUGCUCACUUUAAUAUAAAUAAGGAAGAUAUAUCUCCAUAACUAAGAGGCUGAAAACGCCAUUUUUACAUGAAAAAUCACUUUACAAAAUGUUUAUCUGAUUAACAAAGUCAUUGGCAAUUCUGUCGAUCUACUAUCAAUUGGUCUGUCAGCUGAUCAUUGCAGUUCUCUCAGUCACUCAUUGUGAUUGGCAUAGCGGCAUCAUUCAUAGUCAUUCUUGGAAGGCUGGUGGUCUCUGCUGUUACCAGCCUAAAGUAAUUAUCCUGAGUGCUGUUUGAAAUACACUGAUUAUUAAUACAAAAUGAUCAGCUAACAGUACGUUAACAAAUGGUACAGAUACCACAGUGUCAGCGAAGCUAAAAUUUAUGCCUAAAUAAAAUGUUAUUUAAUUGACAAACUUUGAUCUCAGUUGAACUGAUGUGAUGGGGUUUAAGUAAGAAAGACUGUCUGAUUAGAAAGGUUUAAAUAUUCAGUGUUAGGACACAUUUGGUCCCUAACAAAAACAUGUUUUAAUUGAUAGCUAGCCCACAGUUAGUUUCCACGCUGUCAUGGGCCAAAAUGGAAACUAUGCCACAUCACUCUGUAUGAGGACUAAAAAUUAUUGGUGAGGGAAAGAUUGUCUGUUUGUUCCUGGACUCAGUUUCUGUUGUGGUCAGCUCUCAUCUUACUUAUUUUCCAUUUCUUACAAGGAAGUAAGCAGAAACACCAAGUUUUAAAAAGUCUCUUAACUUGAUGAUUAGCAUAAAAAACCUAUUCCUGCUCUUUACUCUGUUCUCUUAUAUCCAUUAGCUUAAACACCAAAAGUUUACAAGCUGAGUGACAAGCAAGCUGAAGUAGUUUGAGUUUGAGACCCCUGGUGUAGAUUAACCUGAUAAUGUCCAGUGUGAACAUCACCACAGCUUUAAAGAAAAGGGUGAUUCCCAUCUUUUACUAUUUAAUCUUGUGUUGUGCUCAUACUGUAUGAUCUGUGGCAGACGUGUUAUGGCUUGAUUAAAUCAAGAUUAGUAUUUAAAUGUAAAUUUGUAACUGCAAACCUAAAUCUGCCACUGCCAAAAUAUCCAGUCACAAGCUUGUAACAUAUUAAUCAAUGGGGAAACAGAAAAAGAAGGAACACGUAAAAGCCUAAAUUGUGUUGAUAAUGCUCAUUGAAUUGUUUAAUGCAUACCCCGAUGAAGGCACCAUUGGUAUUGUGAUGCAUCCCCAGGUUAAUAUGAAACACAGAACUAUUGGCUGAAAAGGUCAUUGGAAAACACUCAGUGUCAUCUCAUCUUGUACAGCCUUUUUCAAGUAUGGCCCUAAUACAUGCCCAAAAUGGUAACAUAUACCACUUCCAGGUCUAGGAGUCUGAAGCUGUCUGUAAUGUAUGUUUUCUAUAAUUCUAUCAACACUCCUUAUCAAUUGGAUGGGGCAUUAAAUACUUCUGAUUAUCCCUGUCUGAUUUUUCUACUACGGAAGAUUGGAGCUAUUCUUACUUGAUCAUCCGAGUUAAAAUACACUAUUGAAAUAUAGUCUUUUUAACAUUGUUUUGAGAAUGUGUGUGUGUGUGUGUGUGUAUGCCCUGUUUAUUUUAACAAACAGUAAGUAACGAUACAGUGCUCUUUAAAAUGUGCGAAGCUGCUCAGAGAACACAUUCAUUUGUGGUGUCUUUGUGUCAGAAGCUCUCUUAUCAGAAAUGAAGGGGAUGUUCUUUUAAAUAGUGUCAAGCUAAAAUAUUUUGUCAUCAUCUCAUAACAAAUCAGCAAUGGCAUAAUUUUCUAUUGCCAAAACUAGCCUUCUUUUGCUCUCCUGUCAAAUACUGGAUGGUAUUUGAGCCAUUUUCUGUGAUUUGUGAAAAUUAAUCAUUGUUCCUACUUAAGAUGCAAAUCCUAAACAACUUACCGCAAAUUUAUAGUAUAGUUUGAUUCAGAGCUGCAAGACAUGACAAAAAUACAUUUGACAGAUAUUGCAGGUGCGAUAUGACUCUGUUAGUGGGAAUGAUAAUAUUUGCAUAACAAUUUUCAUUUUUACUGAUUUAAAAAAAUAUUAAAAUCAUGAUGGUGUGACAUUUCAUCUGGAGAACAAGAUUUAUAGGCCAGAUCAUCUCUGCAGCUACAGCACUUUUACACAAUGCUAUUAUGUCACAUAGUUGACCUUUAUCAAAAUGACCACACCGCAAUUACUUGACAUCACUUUUGAAAAAGCAGUUCUAAACAAUAAUAUUUUAAUGUACUUCAGAUAUACGUAUAUAUGUCAAACCCAUCAUAAUCAUGAUCAUGUCCAGAAUUAUUCAUUUAGUUUGUAAGAGCAAGAAAACAACAUGCAUUCUCAGACCAAAACAAAAAGACAUUUUGCAUUUGAAGGUAUUUUAUUUUGUCAUCAUGUGCAAAUCAUGAACAUUUGGGUGAACAUUUUUAGAGGAACUGUUACUAAUUGAUGGCAUUCACAUGCUCCUUUUUUAAAUGUGUAUUUAUUUCUAUUCUGAUUGUGUGUGUGUGUGUGUGUGGAGGCAGGGGGAUGAUGUACACUAUACAAUAUCAGUUAUUUGCAUGUUUCCAAUUUUGUAAGCACAUUUUUGUAACGUCUCCAGUGUUAAGACUUGUAUAUAUGUUUUUACAUGUUUGCAGAUGUGCAUUAAAAAUGAAUGAUGGUAUAAAUCCAA